AUGAACCUUACAUUGUUCUCAACACUCUGCCAUGAAACAGGAGAGAUACCAGGUGACCACACACAGCUGGAGUUUUAUAACAUUGAGACGGGGAUCAUUACAGAGAAACGCUACCUGCCCAUCACGCCCUCCAACUUCAUUGGGCAUCUCCAGAGCCUGACGUUUAACGGCCAGCCGUACAUCGACCUCUGCAUAAACGGAGACAUCGACUACUGCGAAGUCAACACCAUGAUCGGAUUCAAGAACAUCAUUGCCGAUCCAGUGACCUUCAGGUCCUGCUCAAGCUAUCUGUCUCUGAGCGCGCUGCAGGCGUACUACUCCAUGCACCUGUUCUUCCAGUUCAAGACCACCUCAUCAGACGGACUCAUCCUGUUCAACAGUGGAGAUGGAAAUGACUUCAUCGCUGUAGAGCUGGUUAAGGGCUACCUGCAUUACAUCUCAGACUUGGGAAACGGUGCUUAUCUCAUCAAAGGAAACUCAAACAAGCCUCUUAAUGACAACCAAUGGCACAACGUCAUCAUCUCCAGAGACACAAAUAACCUACACACUGUCAAAAUCGACACCAAAAUCACCACCCAGACCACCGUUGGGGCCAAAAAUCUUGAUUUAAAAGGUGAUCUUUAUAUUGGUGGUGUUCCUGAGGAGAUACACAAAGAGUUGCCCAAGUUGGUUCAUGCAAAAGAAGGAUUUCAAGGCUGUCUGGCAUCUGUGGAUCUAAACGGCCGUUUGCCAGACCUGAUGUCUGAAGCGCUGGUCUGUGUUGGACAGAUUGAGAGAGGAUGUGAAGGGCCCAGCACUACCUGUCAGGAGGAUUCGUGUGCUAAUCAGGGAGUUUGUAUUCAGCAGUGGGAGGGCUUCACCUGCGACUGCAGCAUGACCACAUACGGAGGACCUCUGUGUAAUGAUGCAGGCACCACAUAUAUAUUUGGGAGAGACGGUGGUCUGAUCACAUACACAUGGCCACCGAACGACCGGCCAAGCACACGAGUCGAUCGGCUGGCGAUGGGAUUCAGUACUCAUCUCAAGGAAGCUCUACUGGUGCGAGUGAACAGCUCCUCUGGGUUAGGUGACUAUCUCAAACUACACAUUGUAAAUGGCUACAUUGCGGCUAUAUUUAAUGUGGGCACAGAGGACAUCAACAUCGAGGAGAAAGCAAAGUUUGUAAAUGAUGGAAAGUACCAUAUAGUGAAGUUCACAAGGAGUGGCGGCAACGCCACACUGCAGGUGGACGAUCUACCUGUUAUUGAGCGCUACCCCACAGGAAACAUUGAUAGUGAACGGCUGGCGAUCGCUAGACAGCGAAUUCCAUAUCGACUCGGUCGAGUAGUUGAUGAUUGGCUACUCGACAAAGGCCGUCAGCUCACAAUCUUCAACAGCCAAAUGACCAUCCAGAUCGGGGGCUGGGAAAGAGACCACAGCCGUGCCUUCCAGGGCCAAAUGUCUGGUUUCUAUUACAACGGUUUGAAGGUUUUUAACAUGGCCGUGGAAGGAGACCCCAACAUCCGCAUCGAAGGCAGCGUGAGGUUGGUUGGGGAGGUGCAGUCGUCCUCCAUAUCACCACAGUCCAGCGCUACGGUUUCUCGCUCUGAAACCUCUACCUCAGUCAUGGAGAUCACUACCACAACCACCUCCAACCACAAGAUCAAACCGAGCACAGCAAGCGAACCCCAGCAGACUACUGAUGACUUGUUGGUGGCAUCUGCCGAGUGCCCCAGUGACGAUGAGGACAUAGACCCGUGCGAACCGAGCUCAGCUAACCCUACAGGCCCCGGGGUGAAGAGCUAUCCUGGUCAGUCAGAGGUUUUCCGUGAGUCCAGCAGUACCACAGGCAUGGUGGUUGGCAUCGUCACUGCUGCCGCACUUUGCAUCCUCAUUCUUCUCUACGCCAUGUACAAAUACCGCAACCGCGACGAAGGAUCGUACCACGUGGAUGAGAGCCGCAACAACAUUUGCAAUUCAGCCCAGUCAAAUGGAACAGUUGUAAAGGAGAAACCAAUGGAUGGCACCAGUAGUGUCAGCAAGAGCAAGAAAAACAAAAACAAGGAGUAUUAUGUGUGAUACUAUUAUUCCUGGUCCUUACAGGACCAUCAUUCUCAUCCACAGUUCCCAUAAAAGUCAAAUAUAAGACCUACUCAUGUAAGAUAACAAAGACUAAGAGAUUAUGGAAAAGCAUUUAGUCAUCAUAUAUUAAACAGCGGUACAGUGGAAAUCUUCGAUAUUUAAUUCAUGCACAUUGGAAUGGAUAACAGAACUGGUGGAAAGAUUACCUAAUCCACCCAGACUCUUGCACUUUCUUGUGUAACAAAUGCAAGAAGAAGGGAAUGAAGAGUGAGUAAUGGACUAUUACAAAACGUCUUUCUGUUUUUUGUUUUGUUUUCCUGAAGCAUCACUGAAUAAUGAGAGAAUAGGACAGAACAAGUCUCUCAGACUUGAUAAGUAUUAUAGAGCUAAUAUAAAUUUGACAGCUGAUGGUAAAAGGGAAAAGAAGAUUAUGGCAUUAUCUUUGGCAAACAAAUGGCAGCAAAACAGUUGCGGAUAUCUCAGUGAUAAUGGAUUCAAUGUCUUAUUUAAUAUGUUUCUAUACAGUAAAACUACAACUGUGUGCUUUUUGGACUGUCACAAAUUUGUGUUGUAUGACCUGUUGCAUUGAGGAUGCAAACUUUAUCUACUUGUUGUCAGAAAAGACCACAAAAUAAUCUUACGUAUAUUAUAGCAUUUAUAGAUAUCAACAAUGCCAUUUUUUAUUUGCAAUGGGUUUUUUCAUCAUGUUACCUGCAAAUUGUUUUCUGCAAAUGAAUGUUCAAACAGUUUGUAAUAUAUGUGUGCACAUACACAUUUAGAGUCCAUGUUUUAGAAGGUACUCUGAAAGACACACAAAACAAUGAAGCCAGAACCUUCCAAAACCAUAUCACUUCCAAUAAACUCACAAAAUUCCCAUGAGAUGUAUCUCAGCCUGCAGUGAGAGAUGAGAUGAAUCCAUGUUUAUUUGUGCUUACACACCCUCAAAAUGUAAUCAUAAAUCAGAUUAAUUUAUUAAUUUCUGUCUUGAGAGUACGUGUCUGUGUCUCCCUCAUUUCCUACUUUUAGAGCAAGAGACAGGAGAACUGAUUUUGAGCUAAACAACAGAACCGAUAAAAUUCAUUUGACUUAUUUUUUAGAUCUGUAUUACUUUUUUAUACAGUAUUUUG